AUGGAGGCUCCUACGCCUCAUCUCCUCCUCUUCCUCCUCUUCACCUUCUCUCUCCUCACCGCAUCCGUAGCCGACGACGGAGCAGCAAUGCUCGCUUUAGCUAAAUCGUUUCGUCCUCCGCCGUCAGAUUGGUCAGCCGCCGAUUACUGCAAGUGGAGCGGCGUGCGAUGCACCUCCGGUCGCGUCACAUCGAUCAGCCUCGCUGAUAAAUCUCUCUCAGGCGGUUUAGCACCCGAGAUCUCGACUCUCUCCGAGCUCAAAUCAAUCGCUCUUCAGCGUAACAAGCUCUCCGGCAAAAUCCCGUCCUUCGCUAAGCUCUCGUCUCUUCAAGAGAUCUACAUCGACGAGAAUCUCUUCGUCGGAGUUGAGCCCGGAGCUUUCGCCGGACUCACAAGCCUCCAGAUCUUGAGUCUGAGCGAUAACGCGAACCUCAGUUCAUGGAGUUUCCCUUCGGAGCUCAAGGAUUCGUCUUCUCUCACCACAAUCUACCUCGACAACACGCAAAUCUCCGGCGUCUUGCCUGACAUUUUCGAUUCCUUCGCUUCUCUACAGAAUCUCCGCCUCUCUUACAACAACAUCACCGGGCCGUUGCCUCCGUCUCUGGCGAAAUCUUCGAUUCAGAAUCUCUGGAUCAACAAUCAGCACACCGGGUCGGGUUUGUCAGGGACGAUCGAAGUUCUCUCCGGUAUGACGUCGCUGUCUCAAGCUUGGCUUCAGAAGAAUCAGUUCGUCGGACCAAUCCCGGAUCUCUCGAAAAGCGAGAAUCUCUUCGAUCUCCAGCUCCGAGAUAAUCAGUUAACCGGAAUUGUAUCCCCUUCGCUCUUCUCACUCGGAAGCCUCAAGAACAUUUCUCUUGACAACAACAAGUUCCAAGGCCCUCUUCCUUCGUUUCCUCCAGAGGUUGAGAAAGUAUCAUUGGAGCAUAACGAUUUCUGCACUACCAAACCGGGACAAAGCUGUAGUCCUCAGGUGAUGAUGCUUUUAGCGGUGGCCGGAGGUUUGGGAUAUCCGUCGAUGUUGGCUGAGUCUUGGCAAGGAGACGAUGCUUGUAGCGGAUGGGCUUAUGUAACCUGCGAAGGUGGGAAGAAUGUGGUGACUCUGAAUCUCGGGAAGCAUGGAUUCGCCGGGUUUAUAUCUCCGGCGAUUGCGAAUCUCACUUCUCUCAAGAGCAUUUACCUUAAUGACAACAACUUAACUGGCCCUAUCCCUAAAGAGUUGACAUUUAUGUCUAGCUUGCAGUUAAUCGACGUCUCAAACAACAAUCUCACCGGCGAGAUACCUAAUUUUGCUCCUUCAGUGAAGUUUAAUCACAAGCCAGGUAACGUUUUGCUUGGAACUAAAGCUGGAGAUGGUUCUGCUCCUGGAACCGGUUCUAAAGCCGAUGGUAGUCCUGGUGGGUCUUCUGGUGGUAGUGGUGGUGGUAAAGCUCCUGUGAUUGUUGGUGUGAUCGUCGCGGUUCUUGUUUUCAUUGCCAUUCUUGGAUUUGUGAUUUACAAGUUUGUGAUGAAGAAGAAGUACGGGAAGUUUAGAAGGACGGAUCCUGAGAAGGCCGCGAAGAUUAUGGUUAGCGAUGCUGCAUCUAAUGGUAAUGGAGGCGGAUAUGCUAAUGGAAGUGGAGGCAAUAACUUCAAUGCGUUGAACAGUCCUAGUAGUGGUGACAAUAGUGAUCGUUUCCUUCUUGAAGCUGGAAGCGUUACCAUUCCAAUGGAGGUUCUUCGUCAAGUUACGAACAAUUUCAGCGAGGAUAACAUAUUGGGAAGAGGCGGUUUCGGUGUUGUGUACGCCGGAGAGUUGCACGACGGAACAAAAACCGCGGUUAAAAGGAUGGAGUGUUCAGCGAUGGGGAACAAAGGAAUGAGCGAGUUUCAAGCCGAGAUAGCUGUGCUCACUAAGGUCAGGCAUAGACAUUUGGUUGCUCUGUUGGGUUACUGCGUGAACGGGAACGAGAGGCUGCUCGUCUACGAGUACAUGCCACAGGGAAAUCUUGGACAGCAUUUGUUUGAGUGGGGUGAGCUUGGAUACUCUCCCCUGACUUGGAAACAGAGAGUGAGCAUCGCUCUAGACGUGGCACGAGGUGUGGAAUAUCUCCAUAGCUUAGCUCAGCAAAGCUUCAUCCACAGAGAUUUGAAACCCUCUAAUAUUCUUCUUGGAGACGACAUGAGGGCAAAGGUUGCUGAUUUCGGAUUGGUGAAGAACGCACCUGAUGGGAAAUACUCUGUUGAGACGAGAUUAGCAGGCACAUUCGGUUAUCUAGCACCAGAAUACGCUGCUACUGGAAGAGUAACGACGAAAGUGGAUGUGUACGCAUUUGGAGUGGUUCUUAUGGAAAUGAUCACUGGAAGAAAAGCAUUAGACGACUCAUUACCAGACGAGAGAUCUCAUCUAGUCACAUGGUUCAGGAGAAUCCUAAUCAACAAAGACAACAUCCCAAAGGCUUUGGACCAGACCUUAGAGCCAGACGAGGAAACACUUGAGAGCAUACACAGAGUUGCUGAGCUAGCGGGUCACUGCACGGCACGUGAGCCUCAACAGAGACCAGACAUGGGUCACGCGGUGAACGUGCUUGGACCACUGGUAGAGAAGUGGAAACCGUCGUGUCAAGAAGAAGAAGAGAGUUUCGGGAUCGAUGUGAACAACAUGAGUUUACCUCAAGCGUUACAAAGAUGGCAACUAAACGAAGGAACAUCAUCGACGUCAAUGUUCCAUGGAGACUUCUCUUACUCUCAGACACAGUCUAGUAUUCCUCCAAAGUCUUCUGGUUUUCCUAACACGUUCGAUUCAACUGAUGGUCGGUGACACUUAAACUCUGUUUUUUCAAGUCGAUGUUACUACGUUUUGUUCCUUUUGGCUCUUUUUCUUGUUAUGAUAUGAUGAUUAUAUUUUUAUAUAUUGUAAGCACAUAUAUGCUGUAUUUGCGUCUGACCA